UUGCCCGUCCCAGCCCUGAAGUUCUGUAGGUGGGGCGGGCUUUAAUUUGCUUAUAUCUAAUGAUUUCUGAAGCCUCGCUUUAAAAUGGCGGCAUUGAAUAUCCACCCGUGCUAGAGGCUCUCCCGGCACCGGGGCCACCUCGCGCAGCGCUGCUUUUGCUUCUGCCGCUAACAGAUGGCAUGUGCCGCUGUCGCUGCCGCUGCCCCCGCCGCUGCCGCUGAGAGCGGGACCCCUUAGUCUGUGGGUUCGAGCUAGUGGCCGAAGGUAAGGCUGGCGAGGAGUUGGCGUUGGUGAGCGUGGCUGUCUUCCUAGCACGCCACCGAAAUCGAAUGCCUUUUAAACUUUAUUUUUCAAAAUGGCAAAUAGAAAGAAGAGUAAUGCUACAACUUUGUUGUAAUUUUAGGGCUUUGCUCUUUCUUCUUGUUCGGCUUCCUUCUUUAUUUCUUUUCUACUUCUUCCUUUAUAUAUGUUAUAUAUAUAUAUAUAAUGUAUAUGUAAUAUCUACAGUAAUUUAAAGGAACUUCUUGCAUGGCAUAUCAUCAGCAAAUGCUUCUAGCCGCCCCUUUCCCCGUGGCCGUGGGAUAUCGUGGGCAGUGCCCCAGCUUUCGUGCUGAGCCGCGUCUCUUCCCGCUCUGAAUCAACACAUUUGGGCAGCUUGCUUUUACUACCGGCAUCUGAAGGGCCUGAAGGUAGAUUUUAGGAGACUUGAAAAGGUAACUUUAAUUUUUAGCGUUCACACAAAUAGCUUUUAUGGUAAGAAAAUGAAAUUAAAUCCAGACGGGCAACCCAAGUUAACAUUCAGAAAGCGAAGUCCACACGGUGGAAGAGACAAGAGGUGCCAUUUCAGGUCCACCACAAUCAUCUUUUGUGCCCAGAGCACCAUCAGUCUUUAGGUUUCUGGACAGUGCCUUUUCUGAAAACUCUACUGCUUGGAUUCCACUUUCGAGCUAACUCUUUAUAAAUCCCUCUCCCUACCACCAUCACUGCCACCUCUCCCUGGCCCACCCCGCCCCGCCCAGAAAAACCCCUGGUGUGCUUGUAGUUCAUUCUCAGCAACUUGUUCAUUUUUUUUCUUUGGUUCUCAAUUUUCAUAGUCAUUUUUCCUCUUCCCAAUUUUGCAACAACAACAAAAUUGCAGUUGUAACAUCCUACCAAUCUUAAUCUUUGAAGCCAAGGGACAGAAUCCUUUUGAAAUUCUGCCAGUUAUUUGAAGUAACUUUGGCAGAGGAAAAAAAUAAAACACUCAAUAUCUUAACCUUAACGGUUGCCUUCUUGGGAGUUGAUCUCUAAUUUGAUUUUUGGUUAUUCUGAUACAAUUUUUAUUUUAUGGUGGGCUUUUUGUUUGACUAGACCAAAUUUGACUUAAAUGAAAACUUAAGUGCUAACAAAGAAACAUUUCACCAAAGAAACCUGUUAUCUCUUCACGUUUAGCUCGAAUUUAUUUUUGACCUUUUAACAAUAGCAGUAGUAGUGCACUUGAUUUUGACUUUGCUUUCAAUAUGGCGGCUGUCAAUGUUACCCUGGUUCGUGACACCAAGUGGCUGACUUUGGAAGUCUGUAGAGAAUUUCAGAGAGGAACCUGCUCUCGAGCUGAUGCAGAUUGCAAGUUUGCCCAUCCACCAAGAGUUUGCAAUGUGGAAAAUGGUCGUGUGGUGGCUUGUUUUGAUGCUUUAAAGGGUCGGUGUGCUAGAGAGAACUGCAAGUACCUUCACCCUCCUCCACAUUUAAAAACGCAGCUGGAAAUUAAUGGACGGAACAAUCUAAUUCAACAAAGGACUGCCGCAGCCAUGUUCGCCCAGCAGAUGCAGCUUAUGCUCCAGAAUGCUCAGAUGUCUUCACUUACUUCUUUUCCUGUGACUCCACAAGUUGCAGCUAAUCCUGCCAUGGCUUUCAAUCCUUACUUAACUCAUCCUGGGAUGGGCCUGGUCCCUGCCGAACUUUUACCAAAUGGACCUGUUCUGAUUUCUGGAAACCCACCUCUCCCACUGCCGGGACCUGCUGGUCCAAAACCGAUGCGUUCAGAUAAACUGGAGGUUUGCCGUGAAUUUCAGCGUGGAAACUGUACCCGUGGUGAGAAUGAUUGCCGCUAUGCUCACCCUACAGAUGUUUCCAUGAUUGAGGCAAGUGAUAAUACCGUGACCAUCUGCAUGGAUUACAUCAAAGGUCGAUGCUCCCGCGAGAGAUGCAAGUACUUUCAUCCUCCUGCACACUUGCAAGCCAGACUCAAGGCAGCUCAUUACCAGAUGAACCAUUCAGCUGCCCCUCUGAUGGCCCUACAGCCUGGUGCAUUUCAACUGAUACCAAAGAGAUCGGCACUUGAAAAGCCCAAUGGUGCCACCCCGGUCUUUAAUCCCGGUGUUUUCCACUGCCAACAGGCUCUGGCUAACCUGCAGCUCCCGCUCCCGCCGCCGCCGCCGCCACCGCCGCCGCCGGCAUUUAUCCCCGCAGGGCCAAUACUGUGCAUGGCACCCGCUUCAAGUGUUGUGCCCAUGAUGCACGGUGCUACACCUACCACUGUGUCUGCAGCAACAACACCUGCCACCAGCAUUCCCUUCGCUGCAACAGCUACAGGCAAUCAGAUACCCCCAUUAUCAAUAGAUGAACUGAAUAGCAGCAUGUUUGUUUCACAGAUGUAGAAGUUACCAGUAGAACAUUGAAAUUCUGAACAACAGAGUUACAGAGUAUCAGAAUCUCUCCGUGAGAACCUCCAUAUGGCCUUUCUAUAUGUAUUCACGUAUGUCCUCUUCUACCAACACAGUAAGCGUGGUGCAGUCAAUAUACUAAACAAAACCAACAUACCAACCAACAAAUUCAAAUAAAAAAUGAAGCAUUAAAUAAUCAGUGGAGAUGUUAAACAAAUACACAACUAACAACUACCACCUAUCUAUCUUAUUUGAAUUAUUAGGUAGAAUGCCAUAACAUUUUGUAAUUUCUCACAUUAUUGUUUGUGAUUUUCCAGUAACCAUUAUGCUGAGUGAAUCUCUACAGUGGACUGUUAGCUUAUUGUGCAUUCUUGGUGGAGAAAUGUUCAGUCUGUUUUGAAGUGUUACCUUACAGUUUUGUUUACACAGUAGUCUAUUGGGUUGAUUCAGAAUGUAACAAAUAUAUCCAAUACCAUUUUCUUCAUUAUUGUAUUGUAUUGUGUUGUGUUGUGUUAGGUUUUACAUACUAUAGUGUUUUGCUGUAAUUUGUAGUGUUUGAUUUUAACUAAAAUGUUAUUAAUGGGAAACAAACAUGUGCUUGAAAAACAUAGCAGGUUAAUGUUGAUAUGCUCUCUCUCUCUGAAUAUUUCUGUAGGUUUCUUGAGGCAGACAUUUAAAAGGCCUCACUUUUGAGUGUGUCCAAAACCUGUUCAUAAACAUGGAUGUAUAUAAUUUGUACCUGUCGAUCUGACCUUGCAUAGUACAAUCACAUUACUGGAUUUUUUGUGAGAGAGAAAUAAUUACCUGAAAAUAACAGGGAACUUCUUAAAACAUUAACCUGAAUUUCACUCCUUAAGUAGCUUGAAAAACUACAAUUUACCUUUAAAUGAAUCUCACAGCAUUUAUACUAAAAAUUAUGUAAAGUGCCCAUUACAUUUUUUUGUGCCUCAAGGAUCCUGUUUUCUAGGUUGUCUAAAACUGAGCCAUUUGUAAUCUUCAGCUGAAAAAUUGGUUCUUGGAAGCUUAAAGGCAUUCUAAUUACAGGUUAUAAAUUAAGCAGAGAGAGGGGGGCGUGGAGAUAGUUUUUACAUAUUGGAGGAAAGUGUGUAAAAACCGUUGCAAUGUAACCUUUGAUACAAGUGCCAUUUUCCGAAUGCAAAUGGCUUGUGCUCUUUAGACUAUUCUUUGAAUAAUGAGUAAGAUGCAAUCUGGAAAAGUCAGUCAGGGUGAAGGAGAAUUGGUUCUAAGUGAGGCUUUCCUCCCCAAAAUGGACAAUCUUUUCUGUUGAUCACAGUUGGAGUCUGAGUAUAGAUUUGGAGAAACAGCGGGGCUGGGGAGGGAAGGAGGGAGCCAUUUGAAAUUACUCUUUGAUUUAUUCUAGGAAGGAUGUCCACAGUUGUCUUUAGCUUCAGUUCAGCUGAGUUUCCAGUUUUGUUAAAUGUUUCAGUGAAAGAACAAGCGCCUGUGAUAUAAUAUUUUAAGUGUUGCCUUUCCCAAACUUUAUUAACAACAGAAUCUCUCGUAUCAUAACCAAGCCUCUUUUUUGUUUGUUUGGAUUUGUUUUCAUGUUUUGAAAAUUAUAAUAGAGAGGAAUAAAGAGGUUUGUAACACCCUUUGGAUGAGACAGAGUGGCUACACUCCACAGAGCUGACCUGAAUUCACAUUACUAAUACUUUUGAAAUAAUUGUAUAACCAAGUAAAAUAGUAAUUGAUUCCUGUAGUAUGUCACAUACCUCCUGUACCUUUCUCAGUUAUUAAAGUUGCUAUUGUUAAUCAGUGGUUGAACCACGUGAUACUUUGCAUUGAUUUAGAUAGAUUUAAUAUUUCCUACUAAAUAUGUGUUCUCUCCCUGAAAAGUAUAAAAUCAUCAGAUUUGAUGUAUAUACCAAGUUUAUUUUUCUCCUUCAUGAAAAUGACAAGAAAGGGAAAAUCUGCUUUAGGAUACCUGAAGCCAGCUAGUAGUGUUUGAAUCACAGAACAAUGGAGCUGGCAAAACCUUUUCACAGCCAGGGCAUGUGACUUGCCCAGGGCUGCCUAGCUACUUGGCAGCAGCUGGACCCAGAAAUAUCUCCUGACUCCUGGUUGUUCCUUCAUUUCACAUUGUUUGUGCUUCAGAACAUUUGAGACUGCAUCCCAAAGCAGAUCGUUUUGGCUCAGAAUACAAAAGAGCAAAAUUAGCUCGUCAGUAGCUGAUAUCCUGUUGAUCAGUCCAAAUCAUGAUCAUGAUAAAUAAUUAUCAGUCCAAAUCAUGAUCAUCAGUGAUUUCUGAAUGAUCUUGCUUGUACUGAGCCAUUGUCAUCUGCAAACAGUAUUGUCUGGAGUUAGAGAACAAAAGGUGUCUUGACUUUUACCUCUUGGUCCUUUGAACCACUUAGUUUCUGUUUCCCAAAAUCUUCACAUUGCUAGAGAAGAGAGUAGAAUAUGCCUUUGUGAAAUUACUUGUGUUUGGAACUGAGUUUUGUAAAACCUGUGCUGGUGCCUCUCCAGAAGGGCAGAUUUGAUCACAUGAAUCAGGAGGGAUGCACCUGAGCUACUCUAGAUGUUUUCCUUAAAAGAGACAGAGACAUUUUCAGUGUGAAAUGAACUUUUUUGUCAUUUCACAUUUUGAUACAACAUAGUCUCAUUUAACUUUUUAAACUUCUGACAAAGAUGUACAUGGACAAUAAACGUAGAGUACAACUGUUUGCAUGUUGCCUUAAGCACUGGAAGACAUGAAUAUUGACAUAUUUUUUCGUAAGAAGUUCAGUGAGAGAUAUUCAGGGUAGUGGUAUUUUUGGUGCCACAAUUUUUGAUAUUGUUGGCAUUUUAAAAGUUGCUUUGUGAGUGAAUUUAAAGAAAAAUCUCAAAGCACUGUUUUCAUCGGAUGUGAAAGAAUUUUGACAAAAAUGCAAUUUAAGAUAGCGCUCUUUAACUAGUUGUGCAAUGACUUAUUCAAAUGGCCUUUAUUCAAGAAAAGAAGUCAUUAGACUAUAAUUUUCUUGUGAAAAAGACAAGUCACAAAACUAAUCAGUGACUCUAAACAAGCAUUUACUGGAUUAUUGUAUAUAUAAAAUUCUAAUCACUUGUGAUUCUUAGUUAACAUUUUAUAAGCUUUGUCAUUUGCAAGGGCCUCUAUUUUUAUUUAUCCCAAAUUAUUGUUUUUGUCCAUUUCUCUCAGCCUUUUGCAAAAAUAAGCAAGCAUGCUGAAACUUGGAUAAAACAGGUCAUGUAUACAGAGAAAAUCUAAAGGUUUUCUCUUAAGAGGGUUUUAGUUGUCAAAAAAAUUUUAAAGCACUAUGAGACCAUAAGUAUAUUUUAAAGAGGGGUUAAGAAUAAAUUUAAACUAAAUGGAUUCAUAAAAUCGCUUUUUAAAUGCAGUAUUUGCUUUUGCAAUUGGAGCAUGAUUCCCUCAAGUAGCUGUUGUGUUUCAUUUCACUUGUCUAGAUUAGUCUUUAAUUUGUAGUUAAUCGUGAUGUGAAAAGCCAUCCUCUCCCUACUCCAUCAGUCUUCUCCAUCCAUUUCUGAACACGCUAAAGCACUUUGAUCUUGCCGUAGGUGUUGUCCUACACCACUAGGCUGUGUUCACUAGUGGGCAGCCUCAGCUCACCAGCUCUCCAGUUGGGGCAAAGCAAGUACCUCUCCCUACCAUCAGCAUAAACCAAAUAAAAUUAAUCUGUACAACAUGAAUCUCUUUUCCAUGGCAUGACCAGUAAGCACAGUGAUGUCUGUGCUUGGACAUCAUUGGCAUUAAAGGACAACAUUGUCCACUAAAUUGUUGACUAAGGACAACAUUGGCAUUAAAUUUUAUUAAAUAAUAUGUAGGGAAGACCCGUGUGCUACUUAGAAGGUUAUUUGGUCCUUCCCCCACUCCUUUGGAGAGUACAUGAGGAUGCUCUUAGGUAAAAUGCAGCCACAGGUUUUCAAGUUAUUUCAGUCUGUAGGGUAGGCUGUGAUGCACGGAAUGAAUAGAAACUGGAAUCUUCUUUCUUUGAAUCUCUUCUACACAUGUUGAAAUAGAAAUAGGGAAAUAUCAUUGAGGGAAAUAUGAUUUCCCAAUUCUGUUGAAUAGAUUUUGGAAGAUAGUGGCCUCAUCUUUAACUUUACCAGUGCCUGUCAAAGGCAAUAGAAUAAACACUAUGUGAAAGAGUAUGACAGCUUUUUUUGGGCAAGUUUAGUUGAUAGCCUAAUCAAAGUGUAAAUACAAUUACAAAUAGAGGUUCUGAUCACCAUCUCACUAACUGGUGCCACGUUUUCAUUUUUCUUGUUAGUUUUUAAGGUUUUUACUUUCUUGCUUUUUCAUAUCAUUAAGUAACUAAUGGAUUUAAUUUUGAAGGAGAGUUAGAGAAAGUUUAAGAUUUUACUACAUGUAUUCAACCCACCUAGAUAAGGGUCCUCAGCAAACAUUGAAGCACGACAAGGUAUAGAGUAUAGUUCGUAACUAUUCCUUAUAGUUCACAGUUUAAGAACAAACAACUUUAUAUACAAAUAAUAAUUUUUAACUAAUUAUAUUUAGUUGUUGCUUUAGCAACAAACCUACAACAUGGCUACCUUUAGACAUUUUUUGUGUGUGAAAAUUUUACUUGUAAACUCUGUGUGGUUUUUGACAGUGUGAGCAUGUAGAAGAUACAGCUCAAAGCUCAGAAAUAGAUAUGGUUGAUUUUUCUUUUUAAUCCCAAAUUCCCAUGUGAAAACUGAAUUUGUGUCCUUGUGUGACUUUUUUGAGCAAAAAGUUUACAACACGUGGAUUCUAGAAUCAGGCUUUAGAGCUGAUAGAAUUUGUUGUGUGGAUAGGGUUAUUCCACAGUAUUUAGACUCCAAAACACAAUCACAUUUAUAAUAUGUCCUGAUCUCUUUUCAUAACCUUAUUCAGAAUUAUUCUAUUCAAGUGGCAUAGCUGUAGCUACAAAAAUUCUCUUAUACAAAUCUAUCCAAAUGAGGGUGAAAGAAUGACAAAAGCACAGGUUAAAUUAGUUCACAUUUGUGAAGCCAUCCAUACAGAUACUGUGGAAUGACCCUAUAACAGUGUUGAAGAGACAUAUGCUGCAGUUAACUGAUGGUCUCAGUUAGGGUGCGAACGUGUGAGACACACCUUUUUUGCACUUAUGUACAUAGUCCAUGAAAGCAAUCCUUGGAGCUUUUUUUUUUAAAUAUAAGAAGUCUGUGAUAAUAGUGGAAAAGUUAGUAAGAGAGUUAUUUCUAAGGCUUUGAGAAGAAGGGUUUUUUUUUGCUACAAGACUUAACAAAAACAUGAUGUUGCUUUGCUGUUGUGGAGGCUUUCUAGUUUACUAGGGCUCACCAUAACACAAGACUAGUUACAGGUAACAGGUCAACUCCAGCAAAUGGCACUAAACAAAAGUUAAGGUACUUCAGCUUUUAGCAAGAUCGCUAGCAAAGAUCAUUUGUUUUUAAAUUCAUCCUCACUGUAAACACACACACACACACACACACACACACACACACUCAGGCAAGUUUCUGGCUGAGGUCUUCUUUUUUCAAUGGUUGCAAGCAGUGAAAUACCUUGUAAAUUGCAAGAUGGAUAUUCCCAUUCGGAUCUAGUUAGAUUUCAUCUUUCACAGAAAAUGAUCAAUUGAGAUAUAUCAGUUACAUCAAUUAAUAUGUAUUUAAGUGACCAACUGUUAACGUUCGACACUAUUUUCCCUUCAAGAUCCAAAAGCCAAAACCAAAUUGGCAACUAUUGAAAGAUGUAAUUUAACAGUUAAGUAUGGCCAGCACGGAACAUUUCAUUCUCUUCAACGAAGGAAAAAAUGCUCCUGGCACAGUUUUAUUAAAUGGCUUUAUUUACUUUAUGCCUGUUCAGUGGAAGCUGUUUGCUGACUUACCUUUACCAGAUUAGCCAGUGCUUCACUGUGCCCACUUCAGCCUCCUAAUCUUUUAACUAAACAGAACUAGCCAAAGUCUUACAUACAUCAGAGCUGUAAAAGAAUGUUUCAAUCAGAUCAUCUCUGCCAAUUUCAACUCCCACAUCACCUACAGAUCGCCAUUUAUCUUUUUGUUGCCUCCAGGCAAUGAGGCCUGGAAAAGGUCGAGGUUAGAAAGGUUUAAGGAUAGAUCACCACGAGGGCUUUGAGUCCUUCCCAUCUUGAGACCUGUUGUCCUUACCCUGGAGAAGGAGCCCUUCUUGGGAUUGAAGGUGUUGGUAUUAGUAUUGCUGCCCAUUUCGAUAGUUCUCACUCACAGAGACAGGAAAAUAAGCCAAAGCCAGAAAGCGAUCCAAGCCUUACAAUUGUCCAAUAGCUCAGCUCAGGGCCAGUUGGUUAGAAAUUCCUUUUUUCCCCCCUUCAGCCCAUAAUCACUUAGAGUCAGCCAUACAGCUAACAGCCUGACCACCUGACCAGCACUUCCAUUGAUAUAAAAUGUAAGCAUUCAUUCCUUCUAUAGUUAGGAACUCCAACUUUAACCUUAUCACCAACAUAUUUCUACAACUUAACCCACAUUCUUGUGUUGACAUUUCUUUGUGAGACUAUAAGGCACACGAAUAUACUUUCAUAAGGUCAAUAGAAAUACAGUAAGAUUUUAAGUCAGCGAGAAUCAACUAUAAAAUGGUAAGAAUGAACCUAGAAGCAUCACAAAAGACAACCUAUUAAUUGGUGGCAUGUUGUACAUACCGACGGCCACUGUGUCACACUCUUUGGAGUUUAAACACGGUGCUGUCUUUUAAGUAAGUAAAAUCAGAGAAUAAAAGGACCUCUAUUAUUAAGCCCAGGGAAGGAUUUAGUUUGACUAAUUCAUACAGCUUCCAGCCCCUCCACUUGUUCUUCCCUGGAAGAGAACCACCCAUCAAUACUCCAAAGCAGGGUUAUUCCAGAGGAAUUGUAUCUUUAAAUAGAACCCAUCCUCAAUUAUAGCAUACCUGAAAGGAAAACGUGUUAGUGUGAAACAAGUCACAGCUACAUCAUAUUACUUUAAUUGAAAAAAAAAAGCCACCUCUGUAACAAGACCUAAAAGUAACCCAACUUUAAGCAGUGCUCUUUUCUCCGCAAACAUACAACUUAAACAUUUAUCUUUCAUAGAACUGCAUGAUUCCAAAGCUUUAUUUUUGUAUACAGAUGCUAUUUGUUAAUGAUGGACACCAAAUUAUCUUGCUGCUGUGUCUUUUUUGUCUAGCAGUUGAGAGAAUUAUAUGACCGUUACAUCAUUGGAUUCUGGGAUUUCCCUUUUCAAAAUAAAUUUCCUUUUAUUGUUGUUACUUUAAUUAUUAGAAAAUGAACCAUUUGUUACAUGCCUCCAAAUUACAAUAAUUUAAAUAAGAGUUUUAAAAAAGAUGCUCCUAAAUACACUCUUUUUGAAAUGGCUAACUUUAUGCAUUCAUAUAACAACAAUCUGGUACAAUGUAGAAAACGGAAGCACAUAUUUUGGGCAGAAAAAUGCCAAUUUAAAAAUACUUAUCAAUAAGAAAAUUAUUAGCUAUGUGCAGCAAUUAUAGAUUUAAAUAAUGAUCACUAUAAUAAAUAUUAACUGUUCCCAUAAUAUUUUGCCUCCAAAAUGCAAUAGCUCAUUCCCUCAACUGCUAUCAGUAGGGAAGAUGCUUUGAUUUUUUUGGUUGUUUUUUUUUUCCAAGUUAUAGUGCCAUACUGCUUGUUUGUGUUUAGAAAUGUGCAUUAGGCAAUUCAUUUUAGUAUGCUAUUUCUAUGUUGUUUUUUUUUUGUUCUUUCAAUAA